AUAUGUCUCGUGGAUCACGUAACUAUAUAUUAUAUUAUCUCGACUUGUGCUAAUUAAUUGCGUAUAUGUGUAUCAGCGAGUUCCAAGAGCUCAAUAAAUUCACAUUACAAUUCAGCUAGAUGGAUCAUAGUCUACUCUAGCUUUGAAGGUAACUUCUUAAGAUUAGUAAAAAGCAAGAAAAAAGAUGGCUCAAAAGGUGGAGGCACAAGGAGGGAAAGGAGGUAACCAAUGGGACGAUGGAUCCGAACACGAUGCCGUGAUCAAGAUUCAGGUGGGAGCUGGUGGAAUCGGCAUUCAGUACGUUAAGUUCGACUAUGUCAAGAACGGACAAACAGAAGAAGCCCCUCUUCGCGGUAUCAAAGGCCGUAGUAUCGCAGCUGAUCCGUUUGUGAUUAGCCAUCCUGGGGAGCAUCUAGUUUCUGUAGAAGGUUGGUAUAACCCUGAAGGUCUUCAUCAAGGGCUUAAGUUCAAAUCCAACAAGAAGACUUCUGAUCUUAUUGGAUACGAUGAUGGUACUCAUUUCACUCUCCAAGUUCAAGACAAGAAGAUCGUUGGCUUUCACGGGUUUGCCGGAGACUAUGUCCACUCUCUUGGAGCUUACUUUUCUCCGUUGACUAGUUCUACCACGUUGACUCCUGCCAAGAAGCUACCGGCACUUGGUAGUGAUGAAGGAACUGCAUGGGACGAUGGUGCUUACCAUGGUGUUAAAAAGGUGUUUGUAGGUCAAGGUCAUGAUGGUGUAUCAGCGGUUAAGUUUGAGUAUGUCAAUGGUUCUCAAGUGGUUAUUGGGGGUGAACGUGGAAAGCCGACUCUACUCGGAUUCGAAGAGUUCGAACUUGACUAUCCAAAUGAAUACAUAACGGCGGUUGAUGGCACAGUUGAUAAAAUCUAUGGGAGUGACUCCGCGGUCAUUACACUACAAGAAAACAUCGUGACGGACAUUCUGACAGAAAAUGAGAUCCUUGGAAUAUUCCGACGAAUUUCCGAGGAAAUUCCGAGAAAACCCAAAAUUUGGGUUUCCUCGGAAUUUCCUCGGAAUAUACCGAGGAAGUCAUAUUCUUCGGAAAACACCGACGAAUAUCCGAGGAUAUAUUAUAGCCGUUAGAGAGCCGUUGGGGAUUUUAAAAAUUCCGAAGAAAUUCCAAGGAAAGAGCCGUUGCCGUCGGUAUUCCGUCGGAAUUUCCUCGGUACUGUCGGCAGCAUUUC